UCCAUUUUGACAUCUUUUGAAUACAAUAAUAAUAACUCUUUGCCAAGUAUUUGGUUUAUUUUGAUACAAUUGUUAAAGACGUGUUUAUUGAGAGCUGAUAUAAUGAAAAACAAUUCGGAUAAUGAAAUUGAAAUUGCUAUUACCCAAAUAUCAACACUCGAAAGAUGCUGUAUUUGUAGCGAGGUGGAUACGUCUCUAUCAGUGAUAAAUGAAAGCUACCUUGGAUCGCCUCCUAUAUUAUUAAGUGACUUACUACUACAGUGUUUCGAUUCAAACACCAAAUAUCUCGAGGUACUUGGCGAAAAGGACAAAAUUAACUACAUUUGUGAAUUAUGCCAGAAUUCUCUCUCAGAAUUUUAUGACGCUUUGCAAAAGGUGUCCCUGAAACGAUUAGAAUUCUUAAACAGAGUGAAAGAAAAUAAAACCACCAAUGAUGCCAUUGAAUAUUUUGUCACAGUUGGCUCUGCAGAUAAAGGAUUGGAUACAUCAUACGAAUUAAGAACCAGUAAUAGUGAUGACCAAACAUGUCAAGAAGAAUUUAUCAAAGUAAAUGAUUUAAACGAAGAAUACAUUGAGUUAAAUUCUUCCGAGGAUGAAUUUGUUGAAGUUAACCAACCAGAUGAAGUAUUCGAUGAUAGUUGGUCAUCAGAUUAUUCAAAUGCUUCUCAUGAUACUGAUGUGAACCAUAGACAAAAAAGGAAAUCCUUGAUAACUAUCGAGCGAAUGCCUGAAGGUAAACUGAGGUUCUGUUGGAGGUGUGAUAAGAACUUCCCAUCUGAUGAUGCUUUUGAAUAUCAUUUAAAAUUAGAUCAUACAAAAAAUAAAAAAACUAUUUAUUCCUGCCACAAUUGUAAACAAAAAUUUGCUACACAAAAAAAACAUAAUAUGCACAUUUGUUCUGCCCAUUUAUCUAAUAAGUUUUGCUGUAAAGUUUGUAAUGCUGUGUUUAAUUUGGCAUCAGAUCUUAAGUCACAUAAAAAAGUACAUGAGGGUCCUUCUUGUGAAAAAGAUACGAAGACAAUAUCUCCUCACCGAAAUGUUCAACGACAGCAGAUGAUACAUCGUUUGGAUGAAAAACAUCAAUGCACAGAAUGCGGAAAUAAAUAUGCAUCGAAGGCAUUCCUAGAAAAGCACUUAUUAGCUCAUAAAGAUGUCCGCAGUUUCGUGUGUCCAGUAUGUGAUUUUACAUUCCGAACUGCUUGGAAUUUAAAACGUCAUCAGAAACUACAUUGUCUGGGAAGUUUAAAUCGCAACUCAGAUUUCUUUAAAAGCACUUGAUAAUGGUCAUUGGGUUCAUGGUUUACUUAAAAUAAAUAUAUCUAGGUUUGUAAAAUAAAUUGAAAAAUCCGUAAACUAA